CGAUUGAGAGUGAAGAGUCGAGAGAAUGGAGCUGCACUGUGCCGGGAUGCGUCCAUCCGCACCAUGCGUGCUGCUGCGUUUCGGCGAGACUUGCGUGCUGGUGGAUUGCGCGUUCGAGUCGACGCGGUGGCUGGAUGCGAGCGCAUCGUCGUCUCCGAAGGCGUCCGUGUUCCAGUCAACCAUCCCAGGCAACAACAAGACUACAGAUGGACUUCUUGGCCGUGCCACCGAGGCAACGGCGGAGCGCCUGCAAGCUGCGGUCAUCCCGACAGACCUGUUCGCAGUCGACAUGGCCGACGUGGAUGCAAUCUUGAUCUCGAGUCCACAAGCCAUGCAGGCGCUUCCGUUUGUCACAGAGCGCACUGCAUUUGCCGGACGAGUUUAUGCCACCGAUGCCACGGUUCCAUUUGCGCGAUUACUCAUGGAAGAGACAAUGCGAUGUGUGACCAAGCAUUUCGUACAGUCCGGCUAUGGCAGCAGUUGGUCUACAGGCCGAGCACACGCUGCGACUGCUACCGAGCAUUUCGACAUUACUUUGCCCGCGUUUUGUGCGUCGUGGUACAGCCUUGCCGAGCUCGAGUCAUGCAUUUCAAAAAUUCACCGCUUGAGUUUCAAUCAACGUGUGAACCUGUACAAUCUGUGCGACAUAAUACCAACAAGCUCUGGAUUUGGAAUUGGUUGCUGCAACUGGGUGAUUGAGACACCCACCGAACGAGUUUUUUACAUGGCCGCAACAUCGCUGCCGAGCUCACAGUUCCACGCCCAAGCGUUUGAUAUGAGCCCAUUGCACCUUGGGGUGGCGAGCGAAGACCCGUUGUCCAAUUUGCCUCCCAGGUCUAUCAUGGCGCCUGGUUCGAAGUUUGACGUCCUGGUCGUGGCCGAUCUCAACCCUGCCGCGCCCUUGCCAUACUCCGACGCGACCCAAAAAGUUUGCUCGACAAUAGUUCACUCUCUACAACAAGGCGGAAAUGUCCUGCUGCCUUGCACACCAGCCUCCGUUGCUACGCUCGAGCUCAUCGAGGCAGUCCACCAUACGCUCAUUGCAGCCAACUUGGCGCGCGUCCCGAUUUACUUGGUGUCUCCCGAAGCGAACGCCGCCGUUGCCUUCGCCAACAUCAUGUCGGAAUGGCUAGCCAGCGAGCGACAAGAGCAGGUCUAUCUCCCUGAAAACCCAUUCCCUCAUGUCGAGUGGAUUGACAGCCAAAAGCUGCACCAAGUUGCGACCGUUGCUGCAUCCGUUCGUUCCUUGACAACUCCCGCCGUUCCGGCUGUGUUUCUACAGCGGCAAUGCAUCGUGCUUGCUAGUCAUCCUUCAUUGCGUUUUGGUGACGCGCUGCACUUUCUUCGCCUCUGGGGCAACGACUCGCGUAACAUGACGAUUUUGACUGACCCGAGCUACCAGCCAGAGGACUUGCUGCAGCCCUUCCAGCCUUUGCAAAUGGCCGUCUCGUACAUUCCACUCGAUCGCCGGCUAGCCACGUCCGACGUUGGCUCACUUCUCAAGAAUGUUCGCCCAGAUUUAAUCCCAUCCAACAUUGUGUUGCUGCUACCUGGCAAAUCCGAUCAACGGUCGGCCAUCUACGAUCUGACCUCGGAUCUGGAGCAGAAUUUCCAUGCUGCUCUCUCCCCUCCAGCAGUGCACAUUCUUGAGCACGGAGAUACCAUUAGAAUGCCAUCGACAAACAGAGAUUGUCGUCUUCAAGUUUCGCACCAGCUUGCUUCUUCCAUCAUUCCUCGCAUGACCGGGCCUGGCGUGGCCACUGCCGCGGUCCAUGGUGUGCUCUCGUUUCGCGACAACGUCAUUCUGCUAGACUCUUUACCAAGCUCUUCCGCGCGGCCUUUCGAUGCGACUCUCAACAACCGGAACAAUCGAAUUGAGCCCAGGGCUGUUGUGCAGCGGUUGAUUGAGGUAAGCCUCUUUGUUGUCUGUUUCUCGGCUGACGUUCAGCACGAGCCUUCAAGAUUGGCAAACUAA